AUGAUAAUACAUAAAAAAAACAUAGGUUAUGGCACUGUCAUCGCCAUUGAUCUUGGAACAACAAAUGUUCGUGCUGGUGUGUUCAAAAAUGGAGAAGUGAAAAUGAUUGAUAAUGAACAUGGUAAUCGAUUUACACCAUCAUAUGUCGCAUUUACACCUGAAGGUGCGCGAUUAGUUGGUGAUGCUGCUAAGCAUCAAUUAACAUCAAAUCCUGAAAAUACAGUAUUUGAUGUUAAACGUUUAAUUGGUCGUGAAUUUAAAGAUCCAAGUGUUCAAUCUGAUAUCAAACAUUUUCCAUUUACUGUUGUUGAUCGUAAAUCUAAACCAACAAUACAAAUUAAUGUUGGAUCAGACCAAAAAUAUUUUGAACCAGAAGAAAUUUCUGCUAUGAUCCUUGGUAAAAUACGUGAAACUGCUGAAUCUUAUCUUGCAGAGAAAAUUAACCAUGCUAUUAUUACUGUUCCAGCUUAUUUUAAUGAUGCGCAACGUCAAGCAACAAUACUUGCCGCGAAAAUUUCUGGUUUAAAUGUUAUUCGUAUAAUCAAUGAACCAACAGCUGCAGCUAUUUUUAUUUCUGGAUUAUAUGAGAUAAGUAAUGAAGAGAAUAUUUUAAUCUUUCAUUUGGGUGGUGGUACAUUUGAUGUAACAUUAGUAAAUUAUGAACGUGGUGUCUUUCAAGUUAUUGCAACAAAUGGAAAUACAAACUUAGGUGGUAAAGAUUUUGAUGAACGUCUUAUAGAAUAUUGUAUUCAAUUAUUUAAAAAUAAAACUGGUAAAGAUAUUCCACACGAUAAUCAAGCUAUUCAAAAACUUCGAUGUGAAAUUGAAAAAGCUAAACGAACUUUAUCAUCACAACAGCAAGUUAAUGUUGAAAUUCAAUCAUUCUUUGAUAAUGAAGAUUUUAAUGAAACAUUAACAAGAACUAAAUUUGAAGAAUUAAAUAUGGAUUUGUUCCAUUUAACAAUAAAGUUAGUGGAAGAAGCAUUAAAAAACUUUUCGGAAUUUAAAAUUGGCGAAGUUGUUCUUGUUGGUGGCUCAACUCAUAUUCCAAAAAUUCAACAAUUAGUUAAAGAUUUUUUUCAUGGUAAAGCAAAAUUCCGUUAUGGUUCUUUAGAUGAAGCUGCUGUUUAUGGUGCUGCUCUUGAAGCAGGAUUUUUAUCAGGUGCAAAAAAAAGUAAAAAUAUAAUUUUACUAGAUGUUAAUCCAUUAACAAUCCGUUACGAAAUUCAUGGUGGCGAAAAAAGAACCAUUGUUCCUUGUAACACAUUAAUACCACACCAAGUAUAUAACAUCUGUACAAAAUCUUAUUGCAAACAACGAGUAAUCACUUUCAAAGUUCUUGAAAGUGAAAGUUUAAUAUCAGGUCACACUCAUAUUUUGGGCCAAUUUGAUGUAACUGGUAUUCAAGGGAUUUCAUCAGUCGGAAUCACUUGUUCCAUUAAUGUUAAUGGUAUUCUGACACUAACUGCAGAUGAAUCAGAACCAACCUAUUAUAGCAAUAUUAAGCUCGUUUCAUAUGCACGUAGCUUAACAGAUGAUAAAAUUAAUUAUAUGAUGAAACGAGUAGAAAAAUUUGCCAGCCAAGAUAAAAAAACUAAAGAAUCUGCCAACGCUAAAGAUCAAUUUAAAUCAUACAUAUAUCUAUCAAAAAAUGUAUUAAAUAAUGAAAAAAAUAUUUCAAAUAAUAGUAAAAAAAUAAUUGAAAGUGCCAUUGAAAAACAAAUUCAAUGGCUUGAAAAUAAUCAAAAUGCUGAAGUUGUUGAAUUUAUGGCACACAAGCAACAACUAGAAGUUAUAGUAACACCAUUUAUCAUUCAGUUAUAUGAAGGUGAUUCUGAUCUUAGCUAUAUAAAUUACAAGUUGAAUAUCGGUGGUGUGUAUUCUCUUAUUGAUGUUGACCCGCGAUUUGCUCAAAUGCUAUUUGAUCGAGUUUGUGUUCAUAAUAUUGAUAUGACAGUCAUAAAAAUGAAAUCAUUUUUUGAUUACUCAUUUUCAAUGGACGAUGAAAUUCUUUCAAAAAUAUGUGAAAACAUCUUACCUCAGAUUUAUUCACAUGUAAAUAAACUUACUAUUGAACAAAAUUCAACGGAACUUAUUCUUACUACCAGUUAUCCUCAACUUUACUCAUUAUCACUUGUCAAUUUUCAAGAAAAACUACUUUUUCAUUAUUUAAAAGAUCAUUCAAUUCUUCGUGAUCUUCUUACUAAUCAAAUCACACAUCUGAAUAUCGAUAUUCAAAACAAGACAACAUCGGAAUUAUCUGAAAUUGCAUCGAAUAUAUUAAUAUUGAUCUUAGCUUUAGCUAAGCGAUUAACCCAUUUGAAUUUUUGUCACUUGUUUUCUCAUCGUAGAGCGUGUAUUUCUAUUUAUUAUAUAGAAAAAAUAAGUUCUAUGUCCUCAAGCUUAACUGAAUUGAAAAUUCAUGUUGAAACUUUUUAUGAUUGUCUUUAUUUUCUUGAUGGUCGUCUUGGUUCUUUAACAAAAUUGAUUAUCAAUGUCAAGAAAGUUCCAUAUGAAAAUACACCACCAUAUAUAAAUUGCCGAAAACAGCUUCCUAAGUUGAAAUAUUUCUCAUUAACUUUGAACAAUCAUGCAGAUAUAUAUGAGACUCAUAUUGUUUUAUUACUUCGUCGAAUGGUAAAUCUUGAAGCAUUGACAUUAUUUCUGUUCCUCACACGAAUUGAUGUAGAUUAUAUUAAUGGUAUUCAGUUACAUACCGAUGUUCUUAUUUAUUUGCCACGAUUAGAAAAAUUUACUUUCAGUAUACAUACAGGAGUUAUCAUGGAACGGAUUAAAAUUCAUUUUUCAUCUAAUGAAGAUAUUCAAAAUAGUUUUACUGGUAGAGAAUAUGGUCAAGUUGGUUCAUAUGUCUGUACUCAGCCAUUGAAAAGCAUGAACCAUUGUAAGGGCCAUUGUCAUAUUUAUUCACUUCCAUAUCAAUUCAAACAUUUUUUUGGUCUCAAUAAUUCUUAUCACUUUCAAGAUGGCAUAUUUGAUAAAGUUCGACGUUUAACAAUGAGUGAUAUUGGAAGUCCUUUCGAGCAUCAGUUUUUCAUACUCGUCUCUCAUUAUUUUCCUAUUGUCGAAGAAUUAACUAUAUAUAAUGGUAUACCACAAAAAGACAAGAAAAAUUCGUCGGCAUUAAUUAUAUUUCCUCAUCUUAUUUUUCUCAAUUUGGAUGACUCAUAUUAUCAUUAUGCUAAACAAUUUCUUUUGAAAGAAAAUGCUCAUUUACCUUGUUUGUCAGAUCUCUGCAUCACAUUCCGAUCACUUAGAAUGUUGACAAACAAUUUUAUUACUGAUCCAACAUGUUUCAAUUGUAUUCAAGUAAAAAAACUCCAUAUAAAUGAACCAUUUAUUCGGCCAGAAACUUUUCAUAAGUAUUUUCCUUUAUUAUAA